GGAAACCGGCAUACAGUACAUGGUGUGAUCUCUAUUUUUUUACACAGCUGCAAUAUGGUGUUGAAGUCCGCUCCGCAGCAUGCUCGCGUCCACCAUGGCAGCCAGGCGCGGUCUAGUAGAGUUAUCCCCGUAAAUAUUACGCUACAUGCUACAAGCACAACAUACAAGGCCAGGCUAGGCCAUAGCGCCAGAGUGCAAACCUGGCCGAGGCAUGCGCUGCGAGUGCGAGCUGACAGCGCCCCCGCUCCAACCUUCACGAAGCAGGAUGCUAAGGCCGCAGAGAUGCUCAACUUCAAGAGAGAAUUUGACCUUCCCGAGGGGCGUGUGGUCAUCCAACCACUGACAGUGCCCUACAUUGAGCAGACAUCAGAGCUGCUGGCGACAAGCUUCGUGACGGCGGUGUCCUACCUGGCGCCCUACGCCGCCUACGUGCGCCGCAACAUCGCCGCCUACCUGCGGGAGCACCAGGCGCUGCCGCCCAAGGCCCUGGUCCUAGUGGCGGUGCUGCAGCCGUACGCGCCGGCGCCGGUGCCGGGAGCGGCCACGGCAGGGCGGGAGGAGCAGGGUAAGGGUCAGGGGGCGGACAGCACGGAUGGUGCUGGGGGCGCCGGAGGCGAUGGCAACGGCGUGGGCCCAGGCGCGGUGCUGAGCGGCAGUCGGGCACGUGUUAUCGGCACGGCCGAGGUCAGCUUCAACCCGAGCACCCGCUCCUCGCAGCCCUUCCUGGACGCGCCUGCGCGCUGCGCCUACCUGACCAACAUGGCCGUGAGCCCGGUGUUCCGGCGCAAGGGCGUGGCGUCGCGGCUGCUGGAGGCGGCUGAGCAGGUGGCGGCGGGCGUGCAGGGCGAGCAGCGCAUGUUCCUGCACCUGAGAUUCGUGGACGAGACAGCCGCCAAGCUGUACGAGAGUGCUGGCUUCACCAUUGCGCGGCAGCACCCCCUGAUCCUGGCGUUCCUUGGACCCUUCGUGGGCAUACAGCGCAUGAAGCUCAUGGUCAAGCCCGUGGCCCCGGUCGCCGCGCCACCAGCUGCUGCUGCUGCUGCUGUUGCUGUUGCUGCUGAUGCUGACGACGGCGGCGCGGCGGGCAACCUCAACUGACUGAACGCUCAGCAACGAUUUUGCUGCAAGAGCCCGUGUGGCGGCGCAGGUGAGAUGGUCGGCGCACGGGCGGGGACGACGACAGCGUCGAAAGGGUGUCGGGGACCGAAACGCACUACGAAGGGCAAAGUUGGGCCAGGGCAACAAAAUAUGUCACGUUGUGAACCUGGAAUCUUAUUAG